GGAGUGGGGAUGUUGGCAGCGUGUGACACCACUUCGGAGCGCACUCCUGCCCCGGGGCUGCCCAGGAGGGAAACGGCCGGGCAGAUAAGGACUUCUCUGUUGGAGUCCCAUCUUUGGAAAGCGUGGAGAGAUUCAGGGUGAAGUCAAGAGAGUAUGGUGCAUCCUCUCUAACAAGGCAGGGCUGUUCUGUGCUGUCCUUUUUCAUCUGAAGUCUCGAGGGGAAAACCUGUCGAAGGCUGCACUGUGAGGAAGUUUUCUUGGUUUUGUGGUACAGUAUGGAUUUGACGUCACCACAACAUAAUCAUCUACAAAACGAGCUGAUAAGAGAAUUGGAAAGACAAGAAGGGGAAAAAGAAGCUGAACAGACAGUUGCAGAAAUCAUGAGAAGGCGUUUUUUUCCUGCUGUAAUAACUCAUAAGGCCUGGGAAGGCUUUCACUUUGCUGGCCAUGAGAUAAGAAUUACAGAAGCCACUGAUUGUUAUGGGGCAGUCGUCUGGCCAUCGGCUCUUGUUCUGUGUUAUUUUUUGGAAACUAAUUCUAAACGAUACAAUUUGGUUGACAAAAAUGUGAUUGAAAUUGGAGCUGGAACUGGGUUGGUCUCCAUAGUAGCCAGUUUACUGGGUGCACUUGUGACUGCCACUGAUUUGCCAGAACUGCUGGGAAACCUUCAGCACAAUGUUCUCCAAAAUACAAAGCUGAAAUGCAAGCACCAGCCUCGUGUUAAAGAAUUGUCUUGGGGAAUUGAUCUGGAAAAGAACUUUCCUAGGUCUUCCUGUCACUUUGACUACAUUUUGGCUGCUGAUGUAGUUUACCACCACCCCUUUCUGGAUGAACUUCUCCUAACUUUUGAUCACUUGUGCCAGAAUGACACUGUUAUUCUUUGGGCUAUGAAAUUUAGGCUGGAGAAAGAGAACCAAUUUGUGGGCAGAUUUCAGACACUGUUUGACUUAGAGGUGAUUUCUGAUUUCCCCAGCUUGAACAUAACCUUGUACAAGGCAAUGAGGAAAGGCAGGAUGAAAGUCACAUCUUCCAAAGUGAUAGUCUGAAAGAGAGAUGCAGGGGUUGAGAGUUCCAGCUGUUCUGCAGCUUGCUCUUUUUUUUUUUUUUAAUAUUUUCCAUGUUAGUAGCUGCUAACACCUGCAUAAUGACAUUCUUAGAGAUAGCUGAGACAAAACAUCAGGUUCUUAAUGCAUCCCCAAUAAAUUCCUAAAUUCAAUAUGUGAUUAGUUUAUAUACCGAAGAAAUGUAUCUUUGAUGCUUUCUUGACUUUUAUGUGCUAAGUUGACAACAGUAAUAACUUUCAUAAGUCUACCGUUAUUGUUAUGGGAUGUAUAAUGAGUAUUUCCAAUAGCUUUCAUGUGCAGCUUUGAACAGCAUCUUAUAAGAUCAACCAAUUAUUUAAAACUUAUAACUACGAUAAAUCUUUGUAUUUAAAAGCUGUGGUGUUAAAUCUGAUCUUUCCCUGUUCCUACUAUCGUGUAAAUUCUUCCUUUGAAUAGACUUUAUAGAACAUUAAAUUAGCUAAAAAAAAAACACCUGGGAAAUAUACUGUCAUAAUAAAGGGAGAGAAUAUAUUAGUUACUCUUUGAUUUAAUGAUUAUAUUUUCUUUUCCUUUUCCAUUUUUU